AUGAAAAGAGUCUUCUUGUUUCUUGGAAUUGCUACUAUAGUUUUAUCAAAUCAAUAUGUUCCAAUUCCAAAUAAACCUUUAGGAGUAAGCUUAGGAGAUUCAAAAAAAAUAAUUAUUGAAGCCUUCUAUGAUUUAUAAUGUCCAGAUAGCAAAAAUUCUUUUGGAAUACUUGAUUAAGUCUUGAAAUAAGGCUAUGGAUCAUAGUAUGACAUUUCAUUAAUUAUAGAUUUAAAUAUACAAUUCAUAUGUUUCCACUACCAUUUCAUAGAACAGCAUUUCCUGAAUCUUAGGCAUUUGCAUUUUUAUCUGAAAUUAGUUCAGAAGCAGCUUAUUUAUUCGCUUAAACUAUAUUCGAUAAUUAAGAUUUACUUUCAGAAUCAGCAACCUAAGAAUUGACUUGGUAAUAGAUAUUAGAUAAAAUUGCUUAAAUUGCUAAGGAAAAUGUGCAUCCAAAAUAUUAAUAUGAUGAAGUUAAAUUUGCUAAAUCACUCUUACCAGGAUCUGAUUGGAAUAUAAAGGCUAGAUAUUGGUGGAAAUAUGGUACUUAUAGAACUAUUUCUGGCACACCUGUUUUCUUAGUUAAUGGAGUUAUAUUAGAUGAAGCAGAAGAAUAUACAGAAGAAAAAUGGAUAGAGUUGAUUAAUAAACUAAAAAACUCUCAUAACACUCUGGAAUUAUGAUAAAAUAUAUGUUAAC